AUGAGCCCAGCGAUGGCUGCGCUGUUAGCUGGAGGGGGAGAUGGCGAAGAUCAAGAGAGCCCACACACUGAGCAGGCCCGGACCUCACAGACCCCGAGCGACCGUGUCGAGGCUAUCGCCAGGUUAUCAGAACUACUUAUCAACAGCAACGAGUGCCGAAAGCCUCGCAAGCCAGCGCACGGGCGCUUCCAGUCCAGCGGGCGGCGCAGCGCCGUCCUGAAGCUGACCCUUCACUGCGAUCCUGGCUACAGGGAGAGCUCCGUCGCUACCCAGUGCAAGUACAACUGGUGGGACCGCCCCAUCCCGCAGUGCAGGAAGCGUAAGCCCCCCGGCUCGCUCCCCCUCCCCGGCGGCGGCUGCCUCCUGCCCGGCUACCCCGCGCACGGCGAGUACCGCGUGGCGGACCACGCGCGCGCGCGGCCGGGCGACCGCGUGGCCGGCGACAACGUCGUGCUGCUGGUGACGUGUGACGAGCCUUACCGCGCCGUGGACCCUUACGUGAUCUGUGUCGAGGGGCGGUGGAGACACGAGCCGCCGAGCUGUCUAAAGCACUGCAAGCUGGUGUUCGACCCGACCGUCGAGUACCAGUGCCUGAAAGCGUUCAAAGACGAGUUCCUGGCGUGCAGCACCUGGCAGCCGGACGGCGCCGCGGUGGCGGCCGCGUGCCGGCCCGGCCACGCGCACCGCGGCCCCUUCCGGUACAUGCGGUGCCGCGGCGACGCCUGGGACCACGUCGUGUCGUGCGUGCCUAACGCUAACUUCACCACCAGUUAAUAUCCG